UUUUGACACUCCACGGUCCAAAUGGCGUCGUACGAGAGCAAAGACGCCACGCUGCCAUCCACAAUCCACCCAUUGCUCUUGAAGAAGCAUGUCGAGUUCCUGGUUGGCUACACGCCUGCGAACAACCCGUACGAGUAUGCCGUCACAGAGCACCUGCGCAUGAACGGCAUGUUCUGGUCGCUGACGGCGCUCGACCUGAUGGGGGCGCUCGACCAGAUGGACCGCGAGGCUAUUGUUACAUUUGUGCGCGACUGCCAGCACCGAAACCCGCCAGCGCCCUUUGCAGAGCUGGAGGCGAGCGAGGCGCUGAGGAGCCGCACAGUUGAUGCCUCUCAUGCGACCGCUGCUGCCGCUGCAUCGCUCCCGAGCCAGGCAUUGCCCAAUGCGCCAGACACAAACACAGGGGUUGGCAGCGAUGCAACCCCUUCCACGGACGCACGCACAAACGCAGCACAGGAAGCAGCUCGCCAAAAGUACGUCAAGCAGCUCGUCGCCGCCUCGGCUUCUCAGCGAGGAGGCUUUGGUGCAAGUAUUGGUCACGAUGCGCAUGUUCUGUCGACGCUGUCUGCUGUGCAAAUUCUGUGCUUGUUCGACCGACUGGACGCGAUUGACGAGGAAGCCACGGUGGCGUUUGUUGCGUCGCUGCAGCAGCCGGACGGCUCGUUUGUCGGCGACGUCUGGGGCGAGGUGGACACGCGGUUCUCGUUGUGUGCGAUGGCAUGUCUGUCUCUCCUUGGAAGACUCGACGCCAUUGACGUCCAGGCUGCCGUCCGGUUUAUUCAAUCAACGGCCAACUUUGACGGCGGCUUUGGUCGUGUGCCGGGCUCCGAGUCUCACGCCUCGCAAGUGUACGUGUGUCUUGGUGCUCUGACGAUUGCUGGAGCCGUGGAUGCGUGCGUCGAUCGCGAUCAGCUGGGCUGGUGGCUCGCAGAGAGACAGUUGCCCAAAUCCGGCGGGUUGAACGGCCGCCCCGAGAAGCUGCCCGAUGUGUGCUACUCGUGGUGGGUGCUGUCGUCCAUGUGCAUGCUGGACCGACUGCAGUGGAUUGAUGCCGAGCGACUCGCCAAGUUCAUUCUCGCUUGCCAGGACGAUGUUGCUGGUGGCAUUGCCGAUCGUCCGGAUGACAUGAGCGAUCCCUACCACACCGUCUUUGGUCUGGCAGGCUUGUCCCUGCUUGCCCGUCUGGGUGCUCCGGAUGCCAAGGUGCAAUCCGACCAGGAAGGCGUGGUGGGUGUCAGCGCGGGUUUGGCAAUCAAGCCGGUCAACUCUGUCUACUGCCUGCCUCAAGAUGUCAUCGACCGGGUCAUGCAACGCAACAAGGAUCGACGAAAGUGAAUGUGUUCAUGCUGGCUGGGCCUGUUGUUGUUGUUGUUGUUGGUUUUUUUCCGAGUUGCCAAAGUGCCAAAUUGCUCAAGCGAUUGUCUGGUUUUUGGUGUUGCGAGGCCCCACAAGUCGCCAAACUCGCGCCCCAACCUCGUGUGUCCUUGCAACUACAACAAGAAUAAAUGUACAGGUUACACUCGAA